AUGACAAGCAACAUGGUUUCCGCCGUGGCCGGAGAGGCAAAAAACCAGCCCAGAACGCAACAACUCAAGAGGGAUUUUCGAACUCUAGGGUGUGUACUUACCCUUCCAAGUUAUACUGCAUUUCUUUUCGUCUCGCAAUAUUUGUUCGAUAAAGCCGUUAUGAAGUGGCUAGCCAUGCAUGGAAAGUACAUGCAGUCAACUAACGUGCCGCCAGGGCAAGGAACAAACCCCUCAGAAUGUUGUGCCGUUGAGGCGGGAACCCCAAGUAUGGCCUUACUACUCCGUGACGGUGGUAGUUCCGCUAUGACCACCAACCUCGACUACGGGAGAUUAAAUGACGAUAGAAGACGCCUGGACUAUAGAAUUAUUAGAACUCUUAAUGUGAUAUUAAAGAGUAUGCAACAAACUCGAGACAACGUCCACAGAAGCAAAAACAUGCACCCCACUCCACCGCAACCAAUAAUUGUCGGUAUUGGGCAAGACGCGGGCAACUUUCCUCAGAUGAUGGUAGAUGUCGAGGUAAUUCUAUCGGGUUCCGGGCUCUCAAACGCCCACAAGAAGACCAUCCGGGGGAUUGCGGACCGGAGAAACCCAGAGGAAGCUAUCGAGGCAUAUCUGAAGAAGGUAGAGCGCGAUGCUACCCGAGAGGGGGAACGGGGAAACCAAAUCUGUCUCACAGAUGAAAUGGAAUGUGACGGGACCGAUGGUGGUGCGGUUAUGAACCAUCCUGCGAACGACGCCAAUGAUAAAAAGUAUGCCAAGGAUAACGAUCGCGACCUCUUCGGUCACGUUGAAAUGAAUCGUCACCGCUUUAUGUUAGGGCAUCCAGAUGGUAAGGAUGGAAAGUCAAACCAACCGGACUAUCUUCCAGGAGUUGUUGGAUCCGACGGUUCACAUGAUUUUAACAUGGAAGACGGCGGCGCACCCAUUGCACAGGAAAGCGUGGGUGCGCAAGGAAUAUCCAUUGAGAAUAUGGAUACGGCGGAACUCCACGAAGCCCAAAGAAGGAUGGAUAGACCGACUCUCUGGACCCCCGAGCAAGAGGCAAAUACCAUUCUUCAUGGAAGCCGGGAUGGAGACCAUCAAAGGCCAUCUCGUUCAGAACUCCCCAGCGUAUGGAGGGCCGUGCCAUCUGCCUCGCGCAGAGCUGAACGCAGACGUGAACGAUCAACUGCCUCUCGCAACCGUGAACGGUCACCGGCCAACCCCAGGCUUCUCGACGAUAGGAACACCAGGAAGGCGCUUCGUCUGUCAAGAUACGAGAAAUUGGGCCUCUAA